AUGGAGCCGGAGCUCCGCCGCGUCCCGCUGCGAGGGGUGCUGCGCGACCCGUUGGACGUCAAGAUCUCCACGAAGUACCGCGUCGUGCGGUUCUUCCGGCGCUCCCGCGUUGCCCUGCUGGAGUGCCGGAUUCAGCAAGGCAAGCGGCACCAGAUCCGGCGCCACCUGGCGGCCGCGGGGCUGCCUAUACUGCAGGACGUCGAGCACGGGGGGGCCGCGUGCAGCACGCCGCUGAUUGACCGCGUCGCCCUCCACGCCGCCGCGCUGACGCUCGUCCACCCGCGAACCGCCGAGGUCGUCGCGUUCGCCGCACCCAUGGCGAGGGAUUUCACAGAGGCCAUCCGCCAGCUCGCGUGA